ACAACGCGCUUUGUUCGUGGGAUAAACGCCACAAAAUGGAAAAGAUAUACAGAAUGGUCUAGCUUGGGCAACUCUAAACUCCAACCAAGCAACUUUCUGACAAUCCUCCUCCUAAUCACCAUCUGUAAAGAAUGGAGACGGUGGUGAUCGUGGCGAUAGGUGUCCUCGCCACCAUCUUCUUGGCAUCAUUUGUGGCGCUGGUGGUUGUGUGUCGCCAUCGGUACUGCCACCCUCCAGACUUUCUGCACCAGUUUGACUCCAAGCCUACAGUGGAUCUGAUUGGAGCGAUGGAGACUCAGAGUGAACCAUCAGAGCUGGAGCUGGAUGAUGUUGUCAUCACUAAUCCUCAUAUUGAGGCCAUGCUGGAGAAUGAAGACUGGAUUGAAGAUGCCUCGGGUCUUGUAUCUCACUGCAUUGCGAUUCUGAAGAUCUGCCAUACCCUCACCGAAAAGCUAGUGGCCAUGACAAUGGGCUCUGGAGCAAAGGUCAAAGCUCCUGCCAGUCUAAAUGACAUCAUCACUGUUGCCAAACGCAUCAGCCCAAGGGUGGACGACGUGGUCCGAUCAAUGUAUCCUCCGCUGGACCCCAUUCUUCUGGAUGCCAGGGCCACAGCAUUACUACUGUCGGUCAGUCACUUGGUUCUGGUGACUCGAAACGCCUGUCACAUGUCAGGCAGCCUGGACUGGAUCGAUCAAUCACUGCAUGCAGCUGAAGAUCACAUGGUCGUGCUGAGAGAAGCCGCUUUAGCAUCUGAACCAGAGAGAUGUUUUCCAGAUAGAGAGCAGUCCAUCUGAAGCAGCGAUACUGUAUAUAUACACACACAAUUUUCAAAAACAUGAGCAGCACAGGUUUUUUUAGAGGACAGAAUGUCUUCUUUUCCUUUCACCUCAUCUCUGUUACAUAGAGUUUAAUGGUUCUCUGUGAUCAUACUGUCUGAUAUUUCCUCAUGCUGGAUUUCUAUGUAUAUAGUAAUGGCAAGAAAAUGCCUGCAGCAAUCAAAACCUUACAAUCCAAAGAAUAAUGCUAGAUGGCAUUGUUAAGCUAUGAAGCUAAACCCUAUAGUAUACAGUAUCAACAAAACAAAGUAUAUCUUUUCUUCCUUGUGCCUCAUAUUUGAGUGCAAUUGUGUGUAUUGUAGCCUGCCUGUGAUAUGUUUCCAUGCAUUAUUAUUCAAUUAUAUAUAUUUUCCUCUAAAAAUGCACUACAAUUCUAAUGUUUCAUUUGAUAGCAAUUCAGCCGAUUUAGCAGAUCAGUUUGUAUAUGGGUCAAAGAUGAAAGGGGCUUUCAAGCAUCAAAAUAAUAAAAGCACAUUAUGUACAUUAAAAUAUGGUGCUUUUUUGUUUUGUUAAUUUUAAUGAGCAAAAAAAAAACAUAAAAACACCUAGAGCAAUGUUAUUCAGUGUAACAAAAUUGCAUAUCGCAAAUAUGUUUUCAUAUUCUGUAUUAAAGAUGCAAGAUAUUGGAAAAAACUGACAUAGUUUUUUUGUAAUAUACAUCGUGAUAUAAAUAUAACUUUUCAACAUGAAUUAAGUAACUGUUUUGAAAUAAUUUAUAGUUUUACAUUGACUGGAAUGAUUUUUGCAGGGGAAUGUAUUAUCCAAAAAAUACACAAAGUAAAAUAAAGCACAGCGAUGAAUAUAAA